GGCGCCGCCGGCCGGCAGGGGCGCUGCGGGCGGGGGAAGCGGAGCGGCGGCCGUGCCAUUCCCCGGCUGCGCGGCCGCCUCCUCCCCCUCCGCCUCUUCCUGGCCGCGGCGAGCGGAGCUGUGCUGGCAGCGGGGAGGCGGCGGCGCCGGCGCCCAGCUCCCGGCCCGCCAUGGCGAUCCGUAAGAAGAGCAACAAGAACCCGCCGGUGCUGAGCCAUGAGUUCAUCGUGCAGAACCAUGCGGACAUCGUGUCCUGCAUGGCCAUGAUCUUCCUGCUGGGACUCAUGUUCGAGAUUACAGCAAAAGCAGCUGUCAUUUUUGUUACACUUCAGUAUAAUGUUACCAUUCCUGCCACAGAAGAACAAUCUGCAGAAACAAUCUCUCUCUAUCACUAUGGCAUCAAAGACUUGGCUACGAUUUUCUUUUACAUGCUCGUAGCAAUAAUCAUACACGCUAUAAUUCAGGAGUACGUACUGGAUAAAAUUAACAGGAAAAUGCACUUUUCAAAAACGAAGCAUAGCAAGUUCAAUGAGUCUGGGCAACUUAGUGCAUUCUACCUUUUCUCCUGUGUUUGGGGAACGAGUAUUCUUGUCUCUGAGAACUAUAUAUCAGAUCCAACCUCUCUGUGGAGGGACUAUCCACACACUCUGAUUCCGUUUCAAAUGAAGUUUUUCUACAUCUUACAGUUGGCAUAUUGGUUUCAUGCUUUUCCAGAACUAUACUUCCAGAAAACUAAAAAAGAAGAUAUCUUUCGCCAGAUUGUCUACAUUGGACUUUACCUCUUUCAUAUUGCUGGAGCCUAUCUCCUGAAUCUGACCCAUCUUGGACUUGUUCUUCUGGUAUUGCAUUACUUCGUUGAGUUUCUUUUCCACAUAUCUCGUCUUUUCUACUUCAGUGAUGAAAAGUACCAGAAAGGAUUUUCACUAUGGGCAGUUCUUUUUGUUUUGGGAAGGCUUCUCACCUUGAUUCUCUCGGUCCUCACUUUUGGCUUUGGACUAGCAAGAGCAGAAGAUCAGCAGCUGAAUUUCAGUACUGGAAACUUUAAUAUCCUGGCUGUUAGAAUCAGCGUGCUGGCCUCUAUCUGCAUGACUCAAGCAUUUAUGAUGUGGAAGUUCAUUAAUUUCCAGCUUCGGAGGUGGAGAGAGCAUUCUUCUUCUCAGCCUCAGUCAGUGAAAAAGAAGUUUGUAUCAGCUAAAGGAAAGAACUCCAGAAAAGAAAGAGAAAACGGAAUAAAUGGAACAGUGACCUCAAAUGGAGCAGACUCACCUCGCAGCAGGAAGGAUAAAUCCUCGUAAAACUGGGGUUUAUUAAGUUAAUUGACUAAUGUCCCCAAAGAAUCUGCUUUUUACAUGGAUGGCUCUUCAGCACUAGAGAUAUUGUGGAUUAAGGAAAAUACAAUUCAUGUUUUUUGAUUAUUGAUGUUGUUUUGAGAAACUUUUUUUAAAAAGCCAUUUUGACUAAGGAAAAAGGUUUAUCUCUCUUCAAAUAAUUGAGGGGAGGAUUCAACACUUUUUAAAAAACAUUGACGCUUUUUUAAACAUUUACUGUGAUGAAAUAACUUACUUAAUGAGGAUCACUGUUGCAAUGUAUUAUUUCCCUCCAGUUUUUGUAAUCUUGGUGAUACAUGAUGUUCUACCAACUUCGCUUUUUCCAAGUUCCUCAAGAAGUAUUGCAAAAUUAAAGUAAAAACUUAGUAUGAAUUUUCAGAUACUCUGGCUUUUCAGUUAAUUACCUUGACUCAAAUUUACGUUUCAAAUUGGGAUUCCAAGACCACACCAAUAGCCCUCUUUUAUUUUGUAGUUACUAGCUGCACAAUGUCUGCUCUUAGAAUUGCCCCAUAUCAUUAAAACAAAACUGAAAUAAUCGGAAAUGUUGCAGAGUCUUAUUGUUUGUUGGUUAGAAAUCUCAUACAAGGAACAAAAAACCUUUUUGAGAUAUAGCUUUUAGCACUUGAAAAUUAGAAGGGAGCGUGUAUGAUCAUAGGAAGAGUUGAUUUGAGUAGCACUGUUCACUUCUGUGUGUGCUUUUAAAGUGUAUGUAUCUUGGAGAAUUAGUGUGCGUUGGACCUUCUUUAAAAACUUGUCUGUCCGAUUUUAGAGGGUGGAGGUUCUUCUUACAAUGUGUUGUGUUUGUUUUGGGAGGCAAUUAAUGCUCCAUGAAGAGGGAAUUAAAUAAAUGGAUCAAGUAAUGAGAAACAUUCCUUUAUUCUAACCGCUUUGCUUUGUUUCACCUCUUUUAGGAAAUAGUUUGAUUUCUCCUAUAUAUGUUUUUAUGAAAAAAAUAUUUAGAAGCUGCAACUUCUUAAAACUGAUUUAUUGUGCCCUUUGCUACAACUGGAAAAAUCUCAAUUUAAGAAUUCUUCCAUUAUCUUUCAAAAUUGUAUUCAAUGUGAAGCUUUGUCCAGUUAGUUUUCCAGUUUAAUAUGCAGAUAAUGUUUCCUCUGUACGCUUUUGUAAUGGAUAAAAUUCAACCCAUUGCACUUGAGAACGAGUGAGAGAUUUAUUUCAGUCUUAAGAAGAAGUUGCUAAAUUAGUCUAUCACGUUAACCAAAGUAUUGAACUGCUUAUUGAUUGAGGAUAAUUAUGAGCAAUCAAGCUGAUAAAUAAAAUAAUUUUAAUUAAAACCUGUUAUUAUAAUUGAGUUUAUACCCAACAGAGUAAUAAAUCUUCAUUCUGUAUCUUCUACAGUUCAGUUGCUUACUAUUCAGAAUAAACGUUUCUAGUACAAAAUCUCCUCUACAAGUAACUAUCCAUUCUUCAAUUGUUUAGUGCUAUUUAAAGUUAUUGCAGUAUAAUUUAUUAUAUGUCUCCGCUAAUUACCGUCACACUUCCCAAAUAUUUGCUUCACAGCUCCUGAAGUGGACUUGGCAGACUUAUAUACUUGCUUAGCUUGAGAACUCUGGGGCAGCAUGCCCUGUAAUAUGCCCAGUCUGCUUCAGCAGAAGUAGCUAUGCCAUGUCUUGAUUUGAAGUGGUGGAACUCUGAAUCUGUCUGAUGUGACCAUGAAACUGGAAAAUUGGAAAUCAGAAAUUUUGAGAGAAUUGUGUGUAUUAUAUACUUGCUGCCCAAAAAUCACAUUUCUAGUCUUAUGUUUCUAGAAAGACCUUCAUAAAUUCUGUGUGCCUUGCUCUCAACUUGUACCUUAAGCCAGGGGGGGAAAUUUUAAGUGUCUAGUCUGGUACUUUGACUCUAAAUCAGUUUGGUUGUGAUAUCCAGUUGUACUGGGGCUCUCAGAAUAAUGGGUGGAGGAACAAAUUAUGAAGGGAACAUCUAAGGUACUUCUUGAGAUCUUUAAGACUUAUAGGAGUCUGAGGGUUGUAAUAGUUGUUUCCCUAAGGCAAACUGUUUCUUGUAAACCUCGUUCACAGUGGUCUUGAAAUGUAAACUUCAGGUUAAUUUCCAAAAACUUCGAAAGAAUAUAUUCUUGACUGUUAAUACUGACAUUGCUUUUUGUCUCCUUUUAGCCUUAUGGACAGAAAUUCUUGGUCUUUGGACUUUAACAAAAGCACUUUUGUUUCCACAAUGGCUUAAUCUUCAUCCUUGCCUUAUAGGAGUUGACGCUGUCUGCCAAGUAAUAGAGAAUAAUAACAGUUGUUCUAAAAUUUGGGUAGAGUAUUGGAAACCAGUAUCUUCUGUCUUUUGUGUCAUAACUAAAAAUACAUAUUUAUUAUGUUUGAGGCAAAAGAAGUGAUUUUUAAUUUUCUACCUUGGGAUGGAAACACUCAUGAACUUAGAAGAUUUUGAUACUUCUGUUUCCAGUUCGGUAUUACUUGUUUUAGUAUAAGAUUAUUGUUUGGCUGGAUAAUUUCUUUUUAAUUGCUUAAAACUGGUUUUUAAAUGUUAUUGCAUUUUUGGCUCUUUGCUUGAAAUCUGGGAUUCAGUGAAAUGGAAGUCUAAUCAUGUUUGCUUAACUAUGGAGUCAGGAAAAAUGGAAAUGGCUGAAGAGUUAAUAAUUUUAUUUCUAUGCCUAAUAAAAUAAUUUUUGCCUAGGCUGCAGUAAUUUAUCCUGAUCAAUUGACAGAUCCUGUGAAGAGAAAGCUUUGUCCGUAUAGAUGGAUUUUAAUUGAAUAAUUAUGCAGUCAGUGGGUAGGGUUUGUUGGGUUUGUUUUUUUUUUCUUAAACCCCCUUCCUUUAGCUCUGUCUUGUCAGAACUUUUCAAGAUUUAACAACAGAUGAUUUAAACCCUUUUUUGCCCCCCAAAUGUGUGUUUGGUUUCUGUGCCAGAAUCUGCUAUCAAAACUAUUAUUUUACUUUUAAAGUGAUUAUAUUGAACUUCAAAGUACAAGCAAGGAACUCAGACCAGCUGAAAAUAAUUUUCAGAGUUUUAGUUUCAUCUGGACACUUUGACUAGUUGCAAAGACCGAUUUCUCCUAUGUGAAUUACUGAUGAAUGUGGAAAUACUCUUUGGAAAUACUGCUUUUGUGGUGAUCUCAUGCCCAAAAUUAGGAAUUAUGAAAGAAUUUGCCGAGCAGAGAAAAUGCAUAGGCUAUUUCUGCUAAAGUUAGGUUAUGCUGGUGGUAAAUUAAGUAUGUUGGGAUAAUGCACGUAGAAAGUCAGUUAUUUGUAAACAUUUGAUAUUUUUCCUAAAUACUUUUUUUCUUUGAAAGUUUUAGUUGUGUUUAUGGAGUUAUAUUAGCCAGAAUUGUAAUAAGCAGUGCACUACUCUGGUACAAGUAGUUUACUUCUGUAAAAAGGAUCAAUACACAUCUGCAGUCCUCUUUUUCUUUGAAGACUUCUGACUAACUGCACCUGAGGGAAUUUUGUUGGUGGCAAAACUUGAUAUUAAAGGGAAGGGAGCAUUUUCAUGGUCAUGCUAAGCUGAAAGUAAUGUAGGUUGAUGCCAGAAUUGGGGUUCUGUCCCUUGCCUUGGCUAGCACAAGCCUUUCUGGUUGCACGGUGUGCUAGAUGAGGGAGCUGGUGCAGGUGUUUGCUUGGGGUUUUUUCCAUUGGAUUAGUUACCUGAUAGUAAUCCCAGAGGCUAACAAGUAGUUAUGUAUAAGCAAGAAGAAAGGAUGCAGGGAAGAGAUGAAUUCAGGUUCUAAGGCAGCUACCCCUUCCAUUGACAUGUGGCUUAAAAAUUACACUAGACUGCAGUAUGAGUUGGGAGAUCUCUUUGAAAGGCUUCCAGUCAUCAGUACCAGAAGGGAGAUUCGUCUCUGGUAGUUCUUACUUGCCAAAUCCAUUAAGUAUUAAUGGAUUUUUGUUGGAUAUCGUGGGAGAAGGGGAAAUAUUUAUUGUGCUUUACUGUACUGAGAUACCUUUUUAACUGUCAUGAGGGUUUCCAAGCAGUGUAGAAUGAUACUGGUGAUAUAGAAAUUGGAAUUUUGAAAAUGUAGAUUGUCCUGGAUCAAACCCUUCAUGUAUUGAAGUAAAUCCUCCAGAGAGUUUUGCAAGAAUUGCACAGUAUGCCUGUCUUGGUACAUGGAGGGGAGGAUUGUUUGGUUUCUCUUAUUUUGUUUUCCUGUUUUCAGGAAGUUCACCAGCUGAUUCGUAGGUCAUACUUGGGUUUGGUUCCAUUUGUGACUCAGCCCUUCGGGCCUGUGUUGUAAAUGAUGGAGACUGGCAGCUUGAAUAGGCUUCCUAUGCGGUGUUGGUCACUGCUGUCCUAAUUGUUCUCUCUCUAAAAGGUCAGUAUUGAAGGGACUUGAACACAAAGGAGAGACAGUCGUGAUGCUUGUAACGUUUGCAGGCUGGUGAGAGCCUGUGCACAGAUCCUGCACUCCAGGGAGGGGGAGCUGUGAUUUAAUACCCGCAGUCAUCUUGUGCAAAUAUUUAGGUUACUUCUGGUGUGCAGGGUAUAAGGAUGUCCUACAAAAUGUAGGCUUGGGGAAUAUUUAGAAGGUCCUUUAAAAGGAAUGAGACUUCAAAGGACUGACGUCAAUUAUCAUCUGUUCAUCAUAUUUGAAUUUCUUAAGUUGUUAGCUGUGGAUUAUCUUUGGAGCACUGGAUUAGCCCGUGCUUGCUGGUUUGUUGGUGGGGUUGUUUUAUAUACUGUAGGUUGUUGUGGUGGAUGUUUAAUGAGUAUCUGCUCUUCACACUGUUCCCUGAACUACGCAGUUUUGGGUCUGAUAAGCCUAGAUCUCUACACAUUAAGGAAUUUUGCAUACUCUUCAGAACUAAAAUAGGAGCAGGGCUGGACUGUUUCUGGAUCAGACUUGCAAGAAAUAAGCACAUCAAUAUGCUGCGUGUCAUCAGAACCUCCUUAAUGGGAACUGAAACUCUUUAGUAUGAAUACAUUGCAAUACAACUUAUAUUGGAUAUAGCUCACAUCCAGAGCAAGUGCCAUUGUGGAUGAAAUGGAACUGCUUUUAGCAUCUGCCACUGUCAGUUGCCUUUGGUGAGCAAUGGGUGAGGAGUGCUGGGCUCUAGCAGCAGUAGACUGUUUUCUACCUUUUAGAAAAAAGUUCUUUUGAUGUUGCCAAUUCAAAAGGCAACAACUAUUUCUGGUUUAAAAAAAAACAGCCUAGUUUUGAAUCCAAUACACUUGAUCUCUAUGGGUCCUGUCAUUUUUAUUUUAGGUUUCUGCAAAUACUUCAGUUUUAUCCUGCUAAAGGAUGGCAAAUAUGUGAUGUGAGUGCCAGAAAUGACAACUCCUUUUUCUUCUUGUUGUGUUUGAAACUCUUUGCAGAAUCAGAGCAGCUUGAGUGUAGCUUUAUAAUUCAAUAGCCCUUCAGUAUUCAUUCCUUGUCUGUAUUUAUUGUGUUUAAUAUUAGAGAUCAGGCAUUGUCAUGCAGCACAACACAGUUGUUACCUCUUCAUUCCACACAGAAGAGUGUUGAGCAAUUUGAUAUACUGAAUUGAAAAAAAAAAAUUAAUCUUGACUGGUUUUGCAGAAAUUGAUAUUCCUGAAUGUUUUUCCUUUGCAUAUUGCAGUUCACUCUUGCUGCCUUUCUCAUUUAAGAAACUGGAUACUUAAGGUCUCUGAAUCUCUAGACUGUAGUUUUGCUGCAUAGCAGUUGACAGAUUAUGGUCUAGAACUUGAGCUUUGUGUCUCCAUAUAUUGGCUAUAAAUAUUGAAUAUUAUCUUUUGCAUUGUAAUCAACAGAUAAAAAUUCAGCCCAUGAUAAUAAGAAUACUGUAACAGGGUAGAAAUUUUGACUCCUGAACUCCAGACUAGAAAUCAAGCCAAAACUUAACUCGUGUUCUCACACGGGUAAUUCCUCCUCUUUGUUUCUUGAUUAAUCAUUAUAUUUGUUUUGUUUAUUUAGACUGUAAGUUCAUGUGGCAAGGGUUGUCUUUUGUGUGUGUGUGUGUGCGUGUGUGUACCCAGGACAAUAAGGUCUGGAGCCCCAGUCUGUGGAAGCUGUAAUAAGCAAUCACCUUGUUAUUGUUUUCCUGGAUAUCAUAAUAAAGAGUAUCAAAUUAAAA